CGACACGUCGUCGUUCUGGGUUCGGUCACACUCGAUUGAGAAGCGGUCGCAACAGUUGCAAAGCAGGGCUUCUCUCGGUUCUUCCAUGUUCCUAUUUUAAAUUUUCUGAAAAAUUCCGGUGAAAGUCAUUAACUUUCCUCUCUGACUUCUUCCCUUUCCCCGUUCUCGAUAUCUUAUAAGAUCAAAAGCUCGAAACUUUUUAUUGUGAAUUUGAAGAAAUCAAUCUCUGCUUAAUCUAGAGAUGGCGGCUGCUUUGUCGAGCAAGUUUCUUAAAGGAAUCACAAGCCUUCACUCUCUUCGUUCUACUAGAUUGGCAUCUGCAUCUGUCUACCAACAUGGGAUGAUGAGAUACUCCUCCACAGUGCCCAGCGAUUCAGACACGCAUGAUGAUUUCAAGCCUACACAGAAAGUCCCUUCUGGUUCUACAGACUCGCUAAAGGAUAUCGUUGAGAAUGAUGUGAAGGAGAAUCCUGUUAUGAUCUACAUGAAAGGAGUUCCGGAAGCUCCUCAGUGUGGGUUUAGCUCACUAGCCGUAAGAGUUCUGCAACAGUAUAAUGUGCCUAUUGGUGCUAGAAACAUUCUUGAAGAUCAAGAAUUGAAAAAUGCUGUCAAAUCUUUCAGCCAUUGGCCUACGUUUCCACAGAUCUUCAUCAAGGGAGAGUUUAUUGGAGGCUCAGACAUCAUCCUUAACAUGCACAAGGAAGGUGAACUUGAGGAAAAGCUUAAAGACGUCUCUGGAAACCAAAAGUCUCAAUAAACUUCCAGAGGUUUUGAUUUGAUUUGAAUGAAAUCAUUAUGUUUUUUGUUUUUGAUAGACGGCAAUAAUGUCAUAAGAAACUCAGAAUCUUUUGAAUCUUGGUAUGAACAAACAUUUAUUUCAUUAUUUAUAAC